CACAAACCCACUCUUACACACUCUCGCCGUGAGAAAACACGCAGAGACAAGAGUUUCGUAAGCCGGGGAAGUUUUGUUGAGGAGCCAUCUCUCACCGCUCACCGGUCGCACUUAUUUAUUUAUUUUUUAAUCCUCUCCCCGAGCCUGAUGUCAGAGUCCCGGCGGGGAGCCGAGCGUCUUCUGCGUCACUUUUUCUGAGGAGUUGUCUAAUUAAGUUUUUUUUUUUUUUUUUUUUUUUUCUUUUCCUCCCCUGUGCCGUUGAGCAAGGCAGCUGUGAAACGCCAGUACUCUCCCCUGCGGGACCGGAGCGUGUACCUAAUCCGAGAAGUAAGUCUGGGGUCUGCAUCUGCAGCGCGUCCCGGCUGUCUGGAUAUACUGAUGUCUGCAACUCCAACGGGGAGCCUGGCCUUCGCAGCCAUGCUGAUGUAUGAUUACCCUCUGAAGGCAGACAUGGAGACGUCUUUCUACCCUUCCUUAGUGGAAACACCAGAGCCGUACAGAGUGAUCCUACCCCAUCCCACCCCCUUCUACCGAAUGCACUUGCCCAGCUUCCCUCAGUCUCACGCCCCCAGUAACCCCACGCAGACCCAGCUGGAGCCCGUGGACCUGUCCGUCAGCAAGCGCUCCUCCUCCACCUGCACACUGUCCUCCUCCUCUUCCUCCUCCUCGUCCCGGCCGUGUUCCACCGCCUCCUCCCCGGCCUCCCCUCCCAGGUCCCCGUCUUCGCCCCCCUGCCACCGGAGCCAAGCGUCGCCGCGCUCCCCGCACCAGCACGCUCAGCUGCACUCCUCGCCCCCCCACCCGCUCUCGCCGCCCACCCCCACCAUGCCGUACCCCACCAUGAUGAUCAGUUCGGGCUCGGGGGUCAUCCAAGGGUCGGGCGUCAUGGUGUCUCCGGUCAUGGUGCCGCUGCCCGUCCUCUACCCUUCGCAUCUUCACCUGCAGCAGCCGAUAAUAGUGAGCCCGUCUGUCGCCAAUGACGACGACCACCACCGCCGAAGCAGAGAUCAACAUCCAGUUCACUCCUCAAAGCCGCUGGAGCUGCGAGGCGACGGCCACGACCUGCUCAUACCCAGGAAAUCGGAGAGCCCUUCUGAACUCGCUAUCGACCUCCACGGUGUCCACGAGGUGAAAUCAUCCGUCAUCAGGAUACCACACGAGCUUGAGUCUAACAACCCAUCAGUAAUUGUUCGUACAAGCUCAAGCCAUCCUCCCCCCGCCGAGUCUCCCGACUCCCUGAAGAAACGCCGGAUUUACCGCUGCGACUUCCCCAGCUGCAACAAAGUGUACACCAAAAGCUCCCACCUGAAAGCACAUCGCAGGACGCACACCGGGGAGAAACCCUACAAGUGCAUGUGGGAAGGCUGCACGUGGAAGUUUGCCCGCUCAGACGAGCUCACAAGACACUUCCGCAAGCACACGGGAGUCAAACCGUUCCACUGUCCCAACUGUGAUCGCAGCUUCUCCCGGUCCGACCACUUGGCUUUGCACAAGAAACGCCACCUCACCAUGUGAAACGGGCCACUUGAGAGAAACUCUGCGCUGGGUUUAUCGUUUGGACUGUACUACUUUGCCUUGGUGGCGUUCAAACAGCUGGCCUUAGACAAGUGGACUCUAACAGGAAGUGGGGAAAUAUUCCUCAGGGUUUUGACCCUCUUGACCUCAUUAGCCUGAGUAGGAGCUUGUGUCAGCAUUUUAAAAGAUAUUCUGGUGGAUGUUUCAGACCUCUGAUCAGCUGUGGAAGGUCCGAACACUUCUUUUUUUUAAGUGCCUGCAGCGUCUCAGCUGGCCUGAGAACACCGCCCUCUUGUGGCAGUAGAACUAAACUGCAUGUCUCGGCUUUCUCAAGCUUCCUUGUGCAACAUCAGCUUUCAUUUUUCUGCAGACCAUUAUGUAUCAACCGUGGGCUUAUAGACACACGUAAAAAACACAUGUCAUUCGCCAGCUAAGCCAAUAAAAUGUGAAUCCUUCCAGAAUGUAUCAUAUCACACCUACUGUGCAUUGUGUCAUACAUAGGCUUUAUUUUCUUUUCUUGAUCAGAAGCUUUCUUCUCUUCUAUUCGCUACCACACACCUCAUCUGCCUCUACGAGCUUACAUCAUGAAAUGAAGACAGGUAGCUAAUGCUUGCUUUUCUUUCGGGCAUACAUUAUAUACUUGGCACACACAGCAGAGCAUGUGCACUUGUGGCUCGGUCUAAGUCUCGUGUGCUUCUGCUUGUAGAAAAGUGGGACUGUGGGUCUCAUUCAUUGUCAGAGUGAAGUGUUUAUCAAUGCUUUCUUUCAGAAAUGUGAAAGUUGCUGCACAGGGGCAUUAUUGUGUGCGUGAGGAGAAGACACCACUUGGUUGUUUAAAGGGUGAAAUAAAUAUAAUGUAUUACCUAUUAUAACAAGUUAAUGUAUCUUUGUUUUGAUUUGUGAUGUGACACUUUGGUAGACUUUUGUAUUGUUUGACACUUUUAUAAUUAAAAAGAAUAGAAAAUUGAAAAACAGGGAUAACUGCUCUUAAAUUGUGUUGCUUCAGGAGCAGUUGUGCUGUAUUUAAAGCCCAUCUUAUAGAAUUAAUAUUGAAUAUUCCUCUAUGACUCAAAUGGAAAUAUACUAUGCCACUAAAUGGCGUGAUAUUAGAGAACAAUUUUUUUUUUUUAAACAGCUUUUAGAGAGUAAAAUAGUUUAAAUAGCAUCUUUGUACAUCUCCAAUGUGCACUUUUUACAUUCCCAGAGCCAAAUAUUUUAAAUCAUUCCUAGAUUUUCUGGUCAAAUUGAUCAGGUCUCCUGGUUUGUCAGAUUCCCAUGUUAUAUAACCUCUCAUGUAUUUUAUUCAUGCAUAUACAAAUACACAUACCGAAUGUAGCAGCUCAACUGGUCUGCAUUUGUUUCUUGAUACUCUUUCCAGUUUUGGCCUAUAUUAGUUUUUUGUAUCUAUGUACAUGUAAGUUGUGAUAUAUUAUAACUGAUUAUUAAACUGAAAGGGCAAUUAAAGGUUUUUAUUAAGCAUGAUUUUGAUACUCUGUUAUACAUUUCUGUAAUGUUAUGUCUUUAAUAAACAAUUUCUUUAUUUUAAAUGUUGGCAAUUCAAAGGGAACGCGUUAAACUGUGAACAUAUAAAUGUACAGCUCUGUCUUAAAUUUUGGAUUUUUAAACAAAAUAUUCACAGUACUCAAUAAACCUAUUGUUAACAUUUGCAUAA